AUGAGCUAGAAAAAGAUGGGAGUCCCGCAAUCUGCUGCUGCUAUCUCUUUGCCGCUCUUUCUCUUUUGUUGCAGCCUAAUCCUUCCACAAGUUUAUGGCUUAAGCAAUGGAGCUAUUAUUCUCUCUCAAAACAACAUUUCAUCAACUUCUUAUUACUAUGGAGUAGUAAGAGUAUACUAUAAUGGAUGGGGUAACAUAUGUGAUGACUACUAUUUUGAUUCAGCUGAAGCUAAUGUUAUUUGUCAUCAGUUGGGAUACACUGGAGCUUCAAGCUACUCUAGAGCUGGACUGACAAGUUAUGGUACAGAUUACUAUUUUAUGAAAUGGGAUGAUGUUAACUGUGUCAGUAGCAGCUAUUUAUCCAUUGCUCAAUGUACCUACUCUACUUACAUUGACUAUGGUUGUGUUAACCGUAACAGUUAUGAUGCUACUGUAUACUGCUAUACGACAAGGAUAUGGAACAGUAAUCCAUAUGCUGGUAUGGUACGUCUUCAAGAUGGAGAUUAUUCUAAUGAAGGACGUGUUGAGGUUUAUUGUAAUGGACAGUGGGGGACAAUAUGCAGUGAUGGGUUUGACUCUACUGAUGCCAACACUCUCUGCAAGCAACUGGGAUAUGAUUCAUCCUCGUUCUUUCAUCUUUCAUAG